GUAUUUUUUGAAAAAUAAGAAAAAAAUUGAUAAAAUGGAAUUCGGGAUAAUUGAAAUAUUAAUCAUUAUCACUGGAAUUAUUUUUGGUGUUGUAUACUGGUCGACCCUUGCGCAUAAUCAUUGGAAGAAUUUGGGUGUUCCAGGCCCAAAACCAAUCCCACUGAUUGGAAACAUGGGACCUUUACUCUUUGGACAAAUGUCAUUUGUUGAUACAUGUCACAAAAUGUACAUGGAAUGGAAAAAAGAACCGUAUUUUGGUAUCUUUAGCGCACACGUACCAGUUCUGAUAGUUACCGACAUGAAUUUGAUUCGUCAAAUUUUGAUAAAGGAUUUUCACAUCUUCCCCAGUCGCGGAGUCGUCUUAAAUGACUAUGAUCCGCUAUCGCACAAUUUAUUUAAUAUCUAUGGUCAUAAAUGGAAAGUAUUGAGAAGCAAAAUCACACCCGGAUUCACAAUAGGUAAAAUUAAACAUAUGAUCAAAUCAAUGACCGAAUGUGCAGGUCGUUUUGAAAACUAUCUUUUUAAUCAAGUCGGCAAAGGCAAAGUACUUGAAUGUUCUUCACUUGCGGGUAAAUAUACAAUGGACGCCACCAUUGCUUGUGCAUUUGGUGUUAAUAUAACUUCAAUAUAUGAAGAUGACAAUCAAUUCGAAGUUAUAGCAAAACAGUUAUUUAAAGCGAGUAUUUGGAAUUUGAUGAAGCAAAUGAUAAGUGUAGCUGCACCGGGACUCUAUAAAUUUUUGGGGUUGAGGAUAUUGUCUGAAGAACAAUCAAAUUUUUUUAUCAAUUUCAUUAAACAAACUAUGGAACUUCGAGAAAGAGAAAAUGUUGUUCGAGAUGAUAUUAUUGAUAUUUUGAUAGAUAUGAAAAAAAAUCAGCAAGAUUUUGAUUUUGAGUCAACGGAUUCUUUUUUGGCGUCUCAAGCAUUCGUCUUAUUCGUGGCUGGGUACGAAGCGCCUUCAUCAACUAUUUCUUUUGCGCUUUAUGAACUAGCACUUGCUCCUAAAGUUCAAGAUAAAGUAAGAACUGAGAUCUUUGAAGUGUUAAAAACACACAAUGGUCAAUUGUCUUAUGAAGCUAUUAACGAAAUGGAGUAUCUCAAAAUGGUUAUUUACGAAACAUUGAGAAGAAAUCCACCAGGUCCUUUGAUGGUUAGGAAAGCAGCUCAGGACUACAAGUUACCUGGAAGUAAUGUAAUACUUCCUGCAGCGACAUUAAUAUCUAUUCCAACUUACAGUAUUCAUCACGAUGAAAAAUACUUUCCUAAUCCGGAAUUUUUCGAGCCUGAACGAUUCAAAGCUGAUAGAAAGCCUUCAAUGGCUUACUUACCGUUUAGUGAUGGCCCAAAAAGCUGUAUGGGUGUUAAAAUUGCAAUUUACCUAUCUGCGCUUGGACUUAUUUCUGUUUUAAAAAAUUUCAGAGUCUCUCCUUCAAAAUUUUUGGAAAUUCCUUACAAAAUAAAAAAAACUGGAUUUAUUUUAUCAGCUUCUGGCGGAGUCAAUCUUAAAUUUGAGCCAAUUAUGGAUGUCAAUUAAUUGUUAAAUUUAUUUUGAUUUUUAU